AUGCCGCAACAUUCUUCCCAACAGCACCAGACGUCUCUCACCACGACGAUUGUGCUCAUCCUGGUCCUCUCCGUCGCCUUCUUCCCGAAUCUAUUCCACAGCAUAUGGACCUUCCCCUUCACCUUGAUCCCGUUCUUCCACUCCUCGUCCAAGGGAUAUGCUGGAACCGGCAAAAUGGCUUGGUUCCAGAAGCAGUUCACGCUCCCCGCCAAGUCUCGCGGCUCCUAUCUCAUCACCGACCAGGUCGUUUCUCGUCUUCCCGAAAUCAAGGACUACAAGGUCGGCUUGCUGAAUUUGUUCAUCCAGCAUACCAGCUGCGCAUUGAGCUUGAACGAGAACUGGGACGAGGACGUAAGGGCAGAUAUGAGUGAUGCGCUUGAUCGCAUUGCGCCGGCCAACGGCCCAAAGGGCGAGGCCUUGUAUCGCCAUGAUGCUGAAGGUCCUGAUGACAUGCCUGCUCAUAUCAAGUCGGCGCUGAUUGGGGCCAGCGUGACUAUCCCCAUCAAAGAUGGAAAGCUUGCCACCGGAACCUGGCAAGGCAUCUGGUAUCUCGAGUUCCGCGCUAGCAGGCAUCAGCGUCAUAUCAUGGCUACCAUUCAGGGGGAGAAGGCGUAG